AUGGCUGCUACUGCAGGUGUUGCUGGCCUGGGAGUAAGCGCCAAUGUCAGAGCAGCCUAUGGCUUCCUGGCCAACAACUACGCAGAAGGCGACGAAAUUUUUUUCUUUGGCUUUUCCCGCGGUGCAUACACCGCACGUGCAGUCGCUGGGCUUGUCUGCCAAUGGGGCCUCUUAACUCCACGAGGAAUGGAUAAUUUUACCAAUGUCUACCAUGACUUUUACGAGGAACAAGUGGAAGAUUACUCUAGAGAAAAGCGACAACGACUAGGGUUCCGCGAUCCAUUACCCACUUUUACAGUGAAGAUUAUCGGGGUAUGGGAUACAGUUGGGUUCCAAAAGGCCUGGCUGGGAAAAAAGUCUGGUGAGAAGUUGGAGUUGCGUAACACCAUCCUGUCACCAAAUGUCAAGUACGCCUUCCACGCAUUGGCCCUUGAUGAAGAAAGAACAGUCUAUCAACCAAUAGUGUGGCAUAUCCCACACAAGGUUGACGGGCAAGAGCUCCUGCAAAUGUGGUUCUCUGGGGUUCAUACAGAUGUCGGUGGUGGCGGGGAUGAUCCUCAUUUAUCUAACAUUCCACUGGCGUGGAUGAUAGCUCAGUGUACGAAACAUGAACAACUGAGUUUUGAUAUUGACGAGUACCUCUUCGAUAUUCCUCCUGCUGACCAGGAGAGCGAGAAUAGCCCAUGGGCAACCAGCCUGGGCAAGACCAGCACUUCGAGUCUAGUCAGAAUCCUACAAGGCAUCUUGGGUGGUAAAUCAAAUCGUACUCCGCUUGCUUACAAACGCUCGGGUAGUAAACCCCAUGUUACUGAAGAAAUGAUCCAUAGUUCUAUCAAAGACCGUAAAUGGCCUUGCCCGCCAUUGAAACGCCGGCAGGAUGAUGGUUAUUGGAUCUUGAAAGACAAUAAUAGGAUUUCUGAGGCCCAAGCCCUGGGGAAGGAAAUAUACAUGAAAGGGAGGAUUAGAGCUGUUCACGUUGACGAAGAGGACUGA